UACUUUCGGGCAUUCAUCGCAUUACGUAUACGCCGCGCUGGUCAGUGAAAGGUGCUAUGAUGGGCGAUUUGUUAUUGCAACAAUAAAUAAGUAAGAAGAAAAUAAAAUUCGAAGGCGGUGCUCGCGAGAAAUUGCGACAGGCGGCCAGUGAGACAAAUUUAGCCGAGAUAGAUAGAGAUUCUUGGUGGAGAGCAAACUGUUGCUGCUGAUUCUAGUGGUGCUGCCACUGGGCCUGAGCCACUGGGUGGCUGUGGUGGCGCUGGUGGCGGUGGCAGUUUUUGUUUGGCGGGCGGCGGUGCCAAAUGAUGAUCAUGACCGCGUAGAGACGCAAAUAAAUAUAAUUGAAACACGAUCAAACUAUAAGCAAAUACGCCAAUUGUGUAACUGCAACGGUAUCGUCAAAAUGAACAAAACGAUUCUGCACUGGAGCUACCUGAAUUUCAAGGAUGUCCCGAUGGAUCUGUUCCUCUACGAGGAUCUCGAGGAAGUCUACCUCAAGGAGAACUUCAUCUCGGUGAUACCCAAAUGGCUGCUGAACAUCACCACACUGAAGUUUAUUCAUUUGGCUGGCAAUAAUCUGAGUGAACUGCCGGUGGACAUCUAUAUGCUGGAGAAUCUGGAGUUCCUGGACGUAUCCAACAAUGAGCUCAAGGAGCUGCCCCCCACACUGGGUCUCCUGUUGAAUCUCCAGCAGCUGAAUGUGUCGGGGAAUCAGCUCACCGAACUACCAGUGGAGCUAAGUGGUUUGCGCAAUCUGGAGCACCUGAACAUUGGCAAGAACCAAUUUCGACGCCUGCCGGUUCAGCUGAGCGAGUGCGUCCGCCUCAACGAGCUGAAUGUGAGCGACAACGAGGCGCUUGUCCACAUCCCCGAGCGCAUCUCCAACCUGCCCAUGCUGCAGUCCCUCGCCGCAGAUCGUUGUGCGCUCGUCUACUUGCCGGCAGCUCUCUCCAAGUUCAUGAACCAUGUGCGCAUCUUCCACAACACCGCUAUCAACUACAUACCCAUGGUCUAUGAGAGGUUCUAUCAAAACUUUUACGACAACCGCCAGAGGAAUACUCCCGUCGCCGUGCAUCGCAAGGGUUUGUUUUGGGUCCGCGAGCUGGAGACCAGCACCAGGUUGCUUCUUCCGGUUGGCACCCGCACAGUAUUUCCGGUUCCGUCGGUGGAGAACCGCGUUUCGCUCUACGAUGACUGUCUGCACGCUCUGCAGACGCUGAACCGCUUCACGCCCGUAUAUGAGAAUGUAGCCAUGCAUCGUCUGCUCCCAGAACCGUACAUCAGUUCCCACAUCAACAAUGGACCCAUCGCCCGCUGCACGAACUCCACCUGCUCCAGAUGUCUCUAUACCUCGUACUACUUCAUGGUUGUGAAAAGGCGUGGCAGUACAUCCAAACAGCUCUUCACCUGCAACUUCUGCACCAACCGAUGUGGUCUCCUUUGGUUGACUAGCAAUGAUAAGAAGUACUACCAAUUGGCUUGGCGAGUCUCAGAUGAUGACGACGAUGAUGAGGAAGAACACAUGGCCAGCAACAAAUAGAGCUGCAGUAAUUGAGAUAAACUCGCUGUAUAUAAUUAUUUAGUUAUUAUAUUUAAUUAUUAUUAAUUAGUUUUGUACAUGUCAUGUAAAUGUUAUCGAACUACUGACAGCCAGCGCCACGUGUCCAAAGAGAAAUCGAAUUUUUCGGCUAAAGAAAACUCUGUUUCGGUCCUCGCUCAUGGAGGUGUAGGUAGUCAUCCAAAAUGCAAUGAUGGGCCUCUGGAAAGGCAUUUCGGCAGUCAACGCCAUGGCGACCCAUCCUGUAGGCAUCCAAAUAUCUCACGUCCAGCGUUUGAUGAGGUCUAAAGGUUACAUAGAGUUAUCUAUGGCUUAAGCUUACGCGAAAGUCAACUUACCUUAACAACCUGUGGAGCAGUUGGGCGUAGAGUCCACUAUGCUCAUCCACCUGACCAUUCUCGCAGAUCAGACGAUCCAGACAGGCACUACCAUUUUGACCCAACUGGUUCAUAUAGGCCUCGGCGAACUUGAAUAGCAGAAGUUGAGGCUCGUCCACCAAAAGACGAGCUGGAACGGAUGGAGGAGCAGGUUGGGUCAAUGGUCCCUUGAGAUUUCGGGAGCCAUCCCAAAGUUUCCACCAGUAGAUUGGAGUUUGCGGCUCAUUGAACUGAUAGUGAAAGUUCAUCAGCCAAACCAACUGGCGCCAUGCCUUUUUCUCCAUAAACGGAGCCGGAAAUGCACAUCCCGAAACGAACUGUAGUGACACAUAUGUAUUAUUGUAUAUCGAUCAAUACUCAAUAAAUAUUUGAUGUCCAACCUUG